AUGGCGGUAGCUACUGAAGCAUCCUUGCUAGAUUGCGAGAUGUCUCUUAAAACAGCCCGCCUCGAAAAGAAAUAUGAAAAGGCUAUUGCGGACUCUACGCAUCUUCUAGAUGCCGAAAAAGAACGCGUUCGACGUAUGGAGCAGCUGUUGCUUCAAUUCGAGAGUGAAGCGUUGCGAUCGCAGCUCGAGCGUGCCCAUGAGCAACUACUUGUAUCUACGCGGGCGGAAUCUGAGGCGCGCCUUCAACUGAAUGAAGCUUACCAGGAAAUUGAUCGCCUGGAUAAUCAUGUUCAGAGUUCAUCGAAUGAAGUCGAGAAGCUGAAGGGCGAGCUCUCAACUUUGAACAGUGCUUCGACCGGUUAUAGCACCCUCCUUACGGAAAAGCUACAUCUGUCCCGAGAAAUUUCUCAUCUCAAAUCCGAAAUCGAACGUCUCAAGUCACAAAAUAACUCCCACCAGGCCCUGGUGGCGGAGAAACAUGAGAUGGAUCGGCAACUAUAUUCUUUAGAAGUUCAGUUGGAGAAUGAAAAGCAUGCCCAUGAACGUGCACGGGCGAAAAGCGCUCAGCAAGCGGUCGAGAUCGACAGGCUCUCUAUUCGAAUCGAUGAGUUGCAGACCGAGCUCACCAGAGAAUUGCGUGCAAAGCAACAGCACGAACGUGACAGCCGACAGCAAAAUAUGGGAUGGGAUAGCCAGCGGUCAGUGCUGGAGGGCAAGGUUGAGACGCUGAAGAAGCAGCUGCGAUCAGCCAAGGACAAGCUACAAGAAACCCAGCAGGAAUUACAGCAAAAGCGAAGCAAUGUCAGGAAGAAUGAAGGCGAUGGCACCGAGUCGCGAUCGCGAGUCGUUCCCCUCCAGCGCCCUGGCCCGAGUGCGGAGUAUCACAAUGGCGUGACAAUUGCAACACCCGGGGCCGUCCAAGUGCAGGAAAAGAUCCAGAGGCAAUCCGCGUUGCCCGGCGACAAAUCAGCUUUUUCUAUCACACCCUUCUUAAACCGGACCGGCGGCCCGAGAAAUUCACCCAGUAGUUCGGAGGCGGACGAAGAUCCAAUGGACGUGACAUUGGACGAAUCCAAUGCUUCGUUCCGCAAGGCCCGGGCUAUCGACGAGCCGAGUGGUAACGAUGCCGCCCGGAAUGACAGAUUUGGUCCCGCACAGGUCUCUUCUCCUGAAGCCAAAGUAGGAAACACCAAGCCACAGGCGCGCGCGAGAAAACCUUCCGCGUCGGGACUCAUGAAUGGAACCAAGAAACCCGGCAAACGUUCCAAUGGCAAAGAACUUACCGAUGCUUCUGACGACUCCAUUGAUCCAUUUAUUGAACAAGGACAGGCCAAGCCAAAGAAGCGCAAGCUCGGUACUCAGCGGGAUCGAAGCCUGUUCGAAGAGGAGGAAGAGGAAGAUGGCAUGCUGGAGAGCAGAAAGCCCGGCCGAAACGUCGGCCUGGGAGCAGGUCGAAAUUCGGCUCGCCAACACAAGGACCAGUUUACGAGGGAGGCUGCUGUACAAGGUCUCAAAAGCCGAGCUGCGUUUAAGCUGUUACAGAUCGACGAGAAGUAUCGCCUUUUUAAGGGCGGCCAGACCGUCGUCGACUUGGGAUAUGCGCCGGGCUCUUGGUCACAGGUCGCCGUGAACCGGACUCAGCCGCACGGACGGGUCCUCGGCGUCGAUAUCAUCCCAGCCCAGCCCCCGAAAGGGGUUUCGACCAUCCAGGGCAAUUUCCUGGCACCCGAGAUUCAGGCAUAUAUCCAGGAAUUCCUGCGCAAUCCGAACAGAGGCAGGCCCCGACAAGCGGGUGCACUCGACGAUGCUACCGGUAGCCUGCUAGAACCUGGGAUGGUCUCGGACGCAUCCCGAACGGACGAGAAGCUUGAAAGAACGGUGGAUGUGGUCCUUAGCGAUAUGUGCGAACCCUGGUAUCAGACAUCCGGUUUCUGGAAACGAAGUCUAAGUGAUCCUUAUCGCAGGAUGAUGAACACCAGCGGGAACAAUUUCAGAGAUCAUGCUGGGAGCAUGGAUCUUUGCAAUGCUGCUCUACGUUUUAGUUCAGAUGUCCUCAAAGCUGGGGGGCAUUUCGUCUGUAAAUUCUACCAGGGAGCAGAAGACAAAGAGUUGGAGCACCAGCUCCGGAAUUUGUUUCAGAAAGUUCACCGACUUAAACCCGAAUCAUCUCGCAGUGAAUCCAGAGAGGCAUUCUUUGUUGGUCUUGACCGCCGACCAUGA